GGAGCAGGAGGCAAAGCACUCACGAUAGUGUUUGUGUCCGUGUUAAGUUGGUACACAGGACUCAAGUUCUGGAAGCCGAUCGUGAUAGAGCAUUUGAAACAAGAGGACAGAUUAAGAAAGGACAUCGAGAUCGAAUACGACGAGAACGAGCAGCCCAAGUCGUGGGAAGACUUGAGAAACAAGGUCAAGGAAACAUUGCGUCCU